AUGUCGGUGGGCCGGCUCCCUACCGAAGCUGACGACCGGGCGUCCAAGAGGGCUAAAGGGAUGGCCACGCCCCUAAUCAGAUUCUCGAAUGAAGAUAAACUGGAAACCCUCCAACCCCACGACGAUGCCCUAGUCGUCACGCUCAGGAUUGGGGAAUAUGAUGUGAAAAGGGUGCUAGUCGAUCAGGGUAGCGCCGUGGAAGUAAUGUAUCCCGACCUGUACAAGGGGUUGAAGCUGAAACCAGAGGACCUGACAGCAUAUGACUCCCCUUUAGUGAGUUUCGAAGGAAAAACCGUCACUCCGAAAGGCAUGAUUAGGCUGCCUAUACAAACAAACUCAGACGUGGUGGAGGUGGACUUCAUAGUGGUAGAUGCAUACUCCCCCUACACCGCCAUCGUAGCCAGACCGUGGCUUCACGCCCUAGUGGCUGUGUCAUCAACCUUACACCAGAAGGUGAAGUAUCCGUCGGAAGGUCGAGUGAAAGAAGUCGGCUCAGAACUACCGCCCCAAGAGAAGGAAACACUAAUUGACUUUCUCAGACAGAAUGUGGACGUGUUUGCAUGGGAUACCUACGAGGCUCCGGGGGUCGAUCCAGAUUUCAUUUGCCAUCACCUUAAUGUUAGCUCGGCCGUAACACCUAAGAAGCAACCUCCUCAGCGACUGUCGAAAGAGCAUGCAAAUGCGGUGAGAGAGGAGGCUAUAAAAUUGAAGAAAGCAGGGGCUAUCAAGGAGGUAUUCUACCCCGAAUAG